ACCGACUCCACAACACCAGACUCUCCUCAGCCCCAGUUCGUUUUCCCUCUUCUGCUUUUUGCAUGAGUGGAACAGCUGCCUGACUGGAAGCUACCACUCUGUCACCACAGGGGCCGCCACACUCACUGGCCCAGGGAGCACAGCAAUCUUUUGAAGACGCAAGCUUCCUUUCUCCCCCCAUGUUCUUUCACCGUGGACUGGCCCUGAUGUAGACAGCAUGGGGGAGAGUGAGAGUGCGAGCUAGGCAGCACUCUGGAAGCCAGCUGAUCAUUGCUGUGGUAUUCUGACUGCCACAGAGGCAGAGAGAGAGGGAGCGUGACAGACAGUAAGAGAGGGUGAGUCGGAGCAAGAGAAGGCGACAGCACUGGAAGCCUCUUUCUAUUCUGUCACCCUCUGAGAAAAGGUUGCCAAACAGAACAUCAACAGCAGAGUGGAAGGAGCGCCUUCAGGGGAAACGGACUAACAUGAAGAAGAGAACAGCCAGGAGGAGCUACUACUAAGAUGUGAAGAACAACUGGUGGUUUGUUUUGCCAUCUUUAAGAGGGAGAGAAGAAGAUAGAAACAACUGGUUAACCAUUGAAGACAACUCAAACAGAUAGGGUCUAUUCAGACACUACAGGACGGAUUUUGUCUAUCUAGACACAACGCAAGAAGAUAGCGUCUACGCUAUUCAGACCAAGGGAGGAAGUUGAAAACAGUGCCAAGGAGGAUGUCUUGGCUGUCGCCCGUGUCUUGGGCCAAGUGGACGUGGACGGCAGUCCGGGGAGCAGGGGAGGGAGAGGAUGGUGAGGAGGAGGAGGGCCAGGGGGUGAAGGAGGAGGAUGGACGGCUGCCCCUUGGACGGAAGCGAGAGGAAGAGGAGGAAGAUGGAUCUCAAGGGUGCAGUUCGGACUCAGAGGGCCACUUUGCGACCCCAGAGGCUCAGAGUCCUGUCCACGCUCCACUCAGUGUCCCAGGAGAGCUGGAGAACCUCGCCACUGACAGAGCAGAUACCCUGGAGGAGGAGGAUGAACAGCUGAUGGUGUCUGGCCUAGCCGGGGAUCCAGCUCAUAGCCUCUUUAACCAGAAUAUGGGCCAGGCUGAGCCCCCCUUGGCUCCUGAGGAGGAGGCCCCCGUGGACCCUAAGGAGGAGGCCCCCGUGGACCCUAAGGAGGAGGCCCCCGUGGACCCUAAGGAGGAGGCCCCCAUGGACCCUAAGAAGGGGCCCCAAAUGCUUCCCAACACAGCCACUGCCGAGGUUCAACCCUCCACAGCAGACCCACCAGCACAUGCCAAUGGAGAAGCAAUGACCAGUCCUGCUCUGAACUUAGAUCUACCUGAUGAGAGGCCAAAUGCUACCUCUCUGGACUUAGGCCUACCUGAGGAGAAGCCACUGGCUACUUCUCUGGACUUAGGUCAACCCGAGGAAGAGAGGCCACUGUCCAGCAGCACAGAGCCAGUUUGUAAUGGACACCCCAUUGAGACCAUCUCUGAACCGCAGGGCAAACUCACUAAAAUCCCUAAAACCAAGCCCCCUUCCCUGAAGAUAAAGGGAGCCCUGAGCGAGGCUAGCACACAGGGGGACGGGGACAUUGACAUCAUCACAAUCCCUAAGGCUAGCUACAACUUCGACCCGGACCAGUUUGACGACAGCUUUAACCCGUUCGCCAUUGGAGGCUCCAAGAUACAGAACUCCCCCCCAGCUUUUGCAGCCGAUGCCCUGCCCACACUUGAGGCGCUACCUGUAAGUAGCUCCUUUCCCAAACUGGAGCCUUUGCCUGUACGUAGCUCUUCUCCACCGCUUUGUGGGACUAGUUCCUCACCUAAAAUGGAGGUUGAGGAGGUCAAAGAGUUAUCGUCGGAGGCAUCAGAGGAGACCAAGCCUGUGAAGAUGGAGUUUGGGUUAGACGAGGCAGGCGAGGUAAAAAAAACACAGCCAAGGAGGCUGGGUAAAAAGCCUGGCAGCAAGCUCGCCACCAAGAAACCAAAGGCCAAAGCAACAACGACUGCACCUGCCCCGACGCCGACACCCGAACCAGUCGUAGCUGAACCGGUAGCAGAGCCAGUUUCAGAAACAGCUUCGGAACUGCUUUCCGUGCCAUGUGCCUCCUUAAGUUUGGACGACGUUCCAAUUCCCAAGUCCACUUAUAAGUUUGACCCCAACCAGUGGGAUGACCCUAAUUUUAACCCCUUUGGGGGUGGUGGUUGCAAAAUCAGCAGUUCCCCAGUUCUGCCCAAAGGAUCCUACAGCUUUGAUCCUCAGAACUUUGACGACUCAGCGGAACCCUUUAAGCCAUCUAAACCCCUGGGCAGUGAAAACCCAACUUCCCAGGAUACCCCUGAGAGGCCAGCAGAGGAAGCAGUGAAACCAAAGCUGGAUCGCCCUCUAGAGGAGGAGAAGAAAAUGCGCCAGCCUCCAAAGAAAAGCAAGGACAGGAUCAUCAAGAAUUCUUGUAAGGUGAAGAAGUAUGAAAACCAGUCCCUGGUCCUGGAUGUCUGCAAUCAGGAAGAGGAUGCGGUGGUGUCCCAGGUUCAAGGAAUGCCCCGCCGUGUUCGCCAUGCCACCGAUGAGGAAAAGCUGGCUUGCAGUGGCAUCAUGGGCCAGAAAGCCAAGGAGGAGGCCGAGGUGGAGGAAGACUCAGCGUGUGCCAAAGGCCCAGCCAACCCAUCCAAUGUCAAAAGCCAGGCGCUGCUGGAUGGUCCACAGGCGAGGAUAACACACUGUAUGGAUGAGAAAGACAUUUGCACUUCGAGUGAAGAGCUGUCAAUCACCCCAGGGCCAAAGUUGAUUGGCUGUGAGGGUCACGAUGAUAAAGGCAGUCCUUCCUCCCUGGAGAACAUAUCGCAAAGUGAGAUGGACAAAGCAGCAGUGCUCACCUUGAUCAGAGAGGAGAUAAUCACUAAAGAGAUAGAAGCCAAUGAAUGGAAGAGAAAGUAUGAAGAAAGCCACAUGGAGGUGUUAGAGAUGAGGAAAAUAGUGGCAGAGUACGAGAAAACCGUUGCACAGAUGAUUGAGGACGAGCAGCACAAGAGGAGUGUCCUGGGCUCCCAGAAGAGCGUCCAGCAGGUGAUCCUGGAGCGGGACCAGGCCCUGGCUGACCUCAACUCUGUGGAGCGCUCACUCUCGGACCUCUUCAGACGCUACGAGAACAUGAAGACCGUCCUGGAAGGCUUUAAGAAGAAUGAAGAGGUGCUGAAGAAGUGUGCCCAGGAGUACCUGGUCCGCGUCAGACAGGAAGAACAGAGAUACCACACACUYAAGAUCCACGCAGAGGAAAAACUAGACAAAGCAAAUGAAGAUAUYGCCCAAGUGCGCUCCAGAGCCGACUCAGAGAGUGUGGCUCUUCAUGCCAGCCUGAGGAAGGAGCAGAUGAAGGUGGACUCUUUGGAGAGAGCCCUCCAUCAGAAGAACCAAGAAAUUGAGGAGCUCACGAAAAUCUGUGACGAACUAAUAGCAAAGCUCGGAACGUUGGACUGAUACCUGAUAUCAUGAACUUUGGAGUUCUUGGAUGUACUGUUCCACCAACAUCUCUCCGCUCUGCCUUACCGUUGCAGCCAAGGCCUAACCAUCCCCACCACUAGUAAACGACUGUCCACACAUCAACACAAUCUGAACCCGUCUCUGCUAUUAGAACUUAUACACACAGGGAGUGACGGCGGUAUUCACCCGCUGUCUCUCGAAUGGAACAAAUAAACUGCGAAACAGCUAUGAGUGUAUGUUUUUUAUGACCAAUUGAAGUAUUGAUGUGGCAAAUUGUAAUGUGCAUGUGCAGCUGUUAUACGCAUGUGGGGCCAAAUCGUAACUUUUGCAUAAAUAAAGCAUAGUAUGGACAUUACUGUCGAUUUCUCCCUGUCGUGGGACUAUGUGAGGGAUCUGCUUGUAAGUUGCGUUGCGUACUGUGGGGUGUGUUUGUAAAGUAUGUUCCACAUCAUGGAUGAUCAGUUUUGAAGAAUGAGACAGAGACGUGUGAUCCAGAAAGGGUUUGGGGGACAUUCUUCUGCUGAUACAGGGAAAGAGAUCAACAAUCAAUCAGUUGGUGGCUCUCGUUUUGCAAUCGCUUGCGUUCCACGGGUUUAGACUUGACACAAUCAUUCUGCUGCUAUUCUAGUAACUACUAGAGAUGGAGAGCGAUCCAUUUUUUGUUUUAUAGAGUUACCGAUUCGAUCUACUCUCAUUUUAUCUUCUAUUGUUUUGUAUCUUUCUUUAGGUAGGACAUGCUUUUAGCGGUAUGCUAGUAUACGUUUUUGUUUUUCCCCCGAUCAAGGGAUUGCACAUUUAUUUUAAUAACUAUGUAGCUUCUUGUUAUUUGAUAUCAACUUCAAACUGCAGUUUGUGGUCGAUGUUCUAGAUCUUUUAUGUAGCUCCAUGAGAUAUACUCUAUAUACCCAUAUUAAUUAUUAUUAUAGUUUGAAGGCAAAGCACACGUGUUUCAUGUGUACAGCAUAUGUUAAAGUAUCUUUGUUUGCUCAUGUCUGUUAUCACCACAUGUCUGGAGGAGGUGCUUGGUUUUCUGUAUUAACAAUGCAACAUUAUUUGGAAAAACUCUUGUUACCGUAUUCGUUGUUUGAACAAAUAUGUUUCGUUAUAUAGACAAUAUAGGCUUUAAUCCAUAUUCCUUGUGUCUUACCCCUUAGCUCAUGUGGCUGAACAAAAGAGCACUGACAAGAAUAUCUUAACAAAUCCAUCAACGGAGUAGUGACAUAUCCUGUUUAUAAUUGUACUUUUGCUCUCUUGAAGAAUCGUUUGAAACUGAYAUGUUUUGUUUUCAUCUUUCCUUUAGCUAGACACAGCAUAGGGAGCUGUGGUUGUAAGCUUGGCUUUCUGCAGUGCAGCCACAGUUAAGUUUCUCUGCAUGACCUUUGGAAAACAGGACAAAUAUUUUCUACCAUCUCCAUAAUAUUUGAGUUGCCAAAUCUUUCCCUUGCCCUCAAAGCCCAUCACUGUUAAUGUUGUAGGCUCUGAGAAUAACUUUAGCAGAAAACACUAAUUAUUAUGACAGAUUAUGACGGAUCUGUAAACUAUAUACUAAUGCAGAUGUGGAUUCUUGUUUAGAUAGAUGUUCUCAGAGCGAACAAAAAGAUAACUGGUGGCCAAACAGCACAACGACUAGUUCCUUUAAUGUUAUGGCAAUGUAUAGGACUGGUUCCUUUCAACCUUUAGGACUACAAGGACCUACAGUACAGUAUGUUGACAUGGAACUGUCCCCAAGCCCACUUUAGGUGCUACCUAACUGAGUCAUAGWUUGGGAGCCAUUGCCUUAUCAUACCUGUUUCAUGAAUCCUCAUCAUCCUCCUCAUCAUCAUCAGUACCUUCAACUGCCAAAUGUUAUUAUUGUGCCAAAUAAAGGGGUUUCAGGAGGAGGUAUCAUGACUUAAAGGUCUGACUUUGAAGUUGCUUGUCAUUCUAUCACUGCAGUAUGUGUACAUUUUAUAUUGUAUGAAAAUAAUAUAAUUUUAUUGGAUUGUUCAUACAGUAUUUGUAAAGUGGAGGAACGAAACGUGCACAGAUUCUAUGAUGGUUACUGAUUGAUAUAUAUUUUUUUUUUGUGCAGAAGGCAUUUCCUGAAUAAAAAUGAUCAUUAUUGUGAA